GUCUAAAUUGUUAAAUGUAGCUGGUGAGGUCAAUGGUUAAUAACUGAUUUUGAUUAUCCCCGGAAUACAAUUAAACUGUAACACAGUGAUUGAAUGACAUUGACCGGCUAUGUGUUCAAAUGCGACCUGAUGAGAUGUUGGACUCCGAUGACUGCACCUUGUCCCUGGACAAUCUGUUUUUCGAGAAACCCAUUGUCCACAAAGUAAAACCACUGCACCAUGAGGUCAGCCCAUGGCACCUGGAAAUGCCUCCGUCUCUUUCUCAGGUUCCAGCCACUCAGGAUAUGCAGAAAGAGGCAGAGUCUCUCUCUUCUCUAUACAGUUUCCCACAAAUACCCAAGCCAUUCCUGCCUUCUUUUAAAGGAUCAGCUGGCUUUAUGGCUCUACCAUCAAAAGUCAACAGUCCAUACAAUUAUAGCAUUGCUGAGAAAGGGAUUGAUCAAACUCGGGAUGGCAGCAAUAUCCUCAGCAGAAGUGAUGGCCUUUGGGGAGGUGAAGGCUUCUGGGAUUAUUCUCAGGAUGUCUGCCAUAACGCCAAAAGUGGGGAUGAAACCCCGCAGGACCCUCGUCAUACAGCCAUAAGCAGGAGGUGUUUGUCUCUUGACAGCAGUAAAAGCCCACCUCUGCGGAGAAGCUUGUUCAAGGUCCAGGUGUGGAACAGUGGAGGUGACUCGUCAAACAACGAUGACCUCAGAAACAGCGGCAGCCAGACAGCAUCCAGACCUCAAACUUUUCUCAGGCCGGUUACCAUGACGACAGCGCCUCCUCCUCCUCUUCGGAUGCCAGGGGCGACAGCUAGGCAGGCGGCUCCUCCUUUCUCCCCAAACACCCGCUUCCCUCCCCCUCCCCCUCCCCUGGUGUGCUCUGCAGUGAGCGGCCGCCCCCCGCAGCAGGCGGCACAUGCUGAGGCGCAGGACAAGGGCACAAAGAGAGCCUUCGUUCCUCCCAUGACGCCUCAGCCUCUUCACAUACAAGGGUCCUCUGGGUCUGGAGUUCUGAGACCGGUUUCUGAAAUCCCAGCAAAGUUCAGAUCCGUCUUCAAAGAGUUCCCCUUUUUCAACUACGUUCAGUCCAAAGCACUGGAUGAUGUUCUUUACACGGGUAACAACUUUGUGGCUUGUGCCCCUACUGGAUCUGGUAAAACGGUGCUGUUUGAGCUGGCCAUCAUUCGUCUGUUAAUGGAGACCUCAGAGCCCUGGAAUAAUGUCAAAGCUGUCUAUAUGGCCCCCAUCAAAGCUCUGUGCAGCCAGUGCUUUGAGAGCUGGAAGAAGAAGUUUGGGCCUCUGGGGCUGAACUGCAAGGAGCUGACGGGCGACACGGAGAUCGAUGACUUCUUCGAAAUCCAGGACUCGCACAUCAUCCUUACCACGCCUGAAAAGUGGGACAGCAUGACCAGAAAAUGGAAGGACAAUUGCCUACUGCAGCUGGUCCGGCUAUUCCUCAUCGAUGAGGUGCAUGUGGUGAAGGAUGAAACCCGCGGGGCCACGCUGGAGGUUGUGGUGAGCAGGAUGAAGGCGGUGCAUGCCUAUAGAACAGCACAGAAUCCAGAGACUGGCCUCUCCAUGAGGUUCGUGGCGGUAUCAGCCACCAUCCCCAACGUCUCGGAUAUCGCAGACUGGCUGUCUGAUGAGAGCGGUCCGGCCACAUAUCUGGAAAUGGACGAGAGCCACCGUCCAGUGAAGCUGAGGAAGGUGGUGCUGGGAUUCCCCUGCAGUCCCAACCAAUCAGAGUUCAAGUUUGACCUGUCGCUCAACUACAAGAUGGCCAACAUCAUACAGACGUACUCUGACCAGAAGCCCACACUCGUGUUCUGCUCUACAAGGAAAGGAGUCCAGCAGGCAGCUGCAGUUCUGGCCAAGGAUGCUCGGUUCAUUAUAAGCAUUGAGCACAAGCAAAGGCUGAUGAACUAUGCAAACUCUAUUCUGGAUUCCAAACUAAGAGAUCUGGUGAUGUUUGGAGUUGGAUACCACCAUGCAGGAGUGGACCUGUGUGAUAGGAAGCUGAUAGAAGAGGCCUUCACUGUGGGAGACCUGCCUGUCCUCUUCACCACCACGACUCUGGCCAUGGGGGUGAACCUGCCUGCUCAUCUGGUGGUCAUCAAGUCUACCAUGCAGUAUGUGUCUGGCUCCUGCGAGGAGUACAGCGAGGCGGACAUGCUGCAGAUGAUAGGCCGAGCAGGAAGACCACAAUUUGACACAACAGCGACUGCAGUGAUCAUGACCAAGAUGCAAACCAGAGACAAAUACAUCAAUCGAUUGAAUGGAAUGGAAAUCAUUGAGAGCAGCCUACACACUCACCUGGUGGAGCACCUGAACGCUGAAAUUGUCCUCCAAACCAUCAGCGAUGUCAACAUGGCUCUGGACUGGAUCCGCUCCACCCUCCUCUACAUCCGAGCCCUCAAGAACCCCACACACUAUGGUUUUUCCACCGACUUAGACAGAUUUGGGAUUGAGGCAAAAUUGCAAGAGCUUUGUCUGAAGAACCUCAACUCUCUGUCCUCCAUCGAUCUGAUCCACAUGGAUGAGGAUAUCAACAUCAAACCAACAGAGAGCGGCAGGUUGAUGGCUCGGUUCUGUGUCGCCUUUGAAACCAUGAAACAGUUCAGCCAGCUGUCCGGCACUGAGAGCCUGUCCGACCUGAUCGAGAUGGUGUCAAAGAGCAGAGAGUUCAGCGACAUUCAGCUGAGAGUGAACGAGAAAAGGCUCCUGAACACCUUGAACAGAGACAAGAACAGGAUCACCAUCAGGUUUCCAAUCGAAGGAAAGAUCAAAUCCAGUGAGAUGAAAGUGAGCUGCUUGAUUCAGGCUCAGUUGGGCUCCAUUUCAAUCCAAGAGUUUGGACUCACGCAGGACACAGCAAGGAUCUUCAAGAAUGGCAUGCGCAUCAGCAAAUGCCUGUCAGAGUUUCUGAGUCACCGAUCCAAGACGGGCUUCUCUGCUGUGCUCCACUCCCUGAUGCUAGCUAAGUGCUUCAGAGCUAAACUGUGGGAAAACUCGCCCUAUGUCUCCAAACAGCUGGAGAAAAUAGGCCAGACCCUGUCAACCGCCAUGGUGAACGCUGGACUCACCACUUUCAGCAAAAUAGAGCAAAGCAACCCCAGAGAGCUGGAGCUGAUCCUCAAUAGACAUCCACCAUUUGGCAACCAAAUCAAAGAGUCUGUUCUGAACCUCCCCACGUAUGAAGUGACUUUGGAGCAGCUUCCCAGGUAUAGCUGUGCUACAGCGGAGAUCGUAGUGAAGGUACACCUCAAAAACCAAGCACAGCUGCUGUCUAGGAAAAAGGCUCCAGACCAGCAUUACGUCUCUCUGAUUAUUGGAAACUCUGACAACACGGUGGUCUUCCUACAGAAACUCUCGGACUUGGUGCUGUUGAAGUGUGGUAGCUGGUCGAAGAAGAUUGAAGUGGCGAAGGCCUCAACAGGAGACGAGAUCAGCGUCAAUCUCAUCAGCUCACAAUAUGUGGGCCUGGACAUCCAACAGAAGUUUAACGUCUACUAUUCUGGAGCCAGGAGGUUUGGAACUGAUAAUCAACACAACUCUCCGUAUGAUCCGAGUGGACAGAGAGCGCACGCUGCAGCGAACCCUCAGUCCGCCAAGCAGGCUGCAACUCAACCUGCCUCUGCUGCAGACCAAGAUCCAGGCAAUAAAAGACAGUGCAACCACCUCUGCAGGAAUAAGGAUGUCUGUGGCCAUGAAUGCUGUAAAGUAGGUGUCACUGUGGCCCGGAAGAGGUUAUCUUAUCCAGAAUCCAGUUUCUCCUCCUACCUGCAAGACCUGAGGAGCAGGAGUGACUCACUCGGGCAGACUCCUGUCAAACGACUCAAGAUGAAGAUGGGCGAGCAGUCUGUGUGUGCCAACAUGCAGGAGUUUGCCUACAAACCCAGAGAGAGGCUACCCACUGCUUCCUGGUAUGAAGGAAGUCAGUAUGAAGCUGCAGUUAGACCUCACACUGAGGCGGUGGAUCUGACUGGGGAAGACUUCAGACUUCAGCUUCCAGACAGAGUUCAACUGGACUGCAUUGAUGAUUACGAUGACUAUGUGGAGGAGACGCACAGUUUGAUGGACGAGCCUGUCCCAACACCUGCUGUGUCCCACGCUUACCACCAUGGUUCCUCAGCGGGGAGCAACCCAGGGAUCAGUGUCGGUGUGGAGCACAAACCUCCUCAAAACCAGAUCAGUAAAAGCUCAGCUUACGAGAACGGGUCCCCGGCUGUGCCGAACCUGAGCGCUCACUGCAACAACGAUUCAUCCUCACUCAUCCCCACGGUCAGCUUCGACCUGGGAGAUGAAUGGGACGACUGGGGGGACUUUGAUGAUGAGAACUUGGUGAAUGCCAGCGAGAUGUCGUAUCAAACUAAUGCUAAACCUGCAGUCCAGCAGUCUGUUAGCUACAGUGUGACAGGCUUUGCUGUAGCAUCUGCACCAGCACUCCUUAAUCACUCACAAAUAAAACAUCGGCUCACCAGAACAUCUCUGAGUCCUGGAUUCAGACAUCUAGGAUCCUCAUUGGCCACAGUCAAACCACAAAACAGACUCACACUCGACUGGAAUAUGAAGAAACCAAGCAUAUUCCAAGAAGAGAUGACAGUGAAAACCCCAGAAAUUCUCCCCAACGUGGCCCCUACUACCAGAGGGUUUGAUUUCUUCUCACCGAACCUCCCAUUUAACAGCAGCUCAUCUGUCAACAGAAGCACAAACUACAAAGAAGAGGAAGCUUUCCUGGGGAUAUUUGAUGGAUUAUUUUAGAUGUUUUGCAAGUAAAACUGUAAUAUGAAUAUGUUGUUAACAUCUUUAUAUUUGUGUUCGUUAACAUGACAUUUACAGGAAGAGUAGUAGACUGUUUUAUAGGCUAUUAAAGGUUAUCAUAAGUGUGAUAUAUGUUCAUAUUGUA